UGUAGGGCCGAGAAGGACACUCGAGACACAACUGAAGACAUGUUGCAUUGGACUCUUCGUGACUGGAGAGUACAGCUCCUGAUUGUUCUGCUCUGGGACGGCGUCUGCGCUCCGAAAGUGAAACCUACACCAUGGCCCCUGUACUCCAAGAAGCCCCUUCUCCUCGCCUGGAAUGUCCCGACUCAGGACUGUGGCUCCCGGCAUGGCGUUUCUUUGCAGCUGGACCAGUUCCAGAUUGUGGCCUCGUCAAGUCAGACCCUCGUCAGGCAGAACUUGACCUUCUUCUAUCCCGACCGCUUGGGCUUGUACCCCUACUUUAAAACGGAUGCGACGCCGGUGCGCGGUGGGCUGCCACAGGCCGCCAGUCUCUCGCAGCACCUCAGAGAAAUGCAGAAAAAUGUUGAUAAGUACAUACCAAACCGGGGCGCUGUAGGUUUAGCAGUUAUUGACUGGGAAGAGUGGAGGCCUCUUUGGGUACGAAACUAUGGAAGAAGACACAUGUACCGCGAACAGUCCUUUGAACUGGCGCGCCAGAAGAACCCAACUUGGUCCGAUGACCAGGCGAGAAGAGCGGCCCAGCUGGAGUUUGAGGAGGCUGCUAAGAAGUUCAUGCUGGAGACGCUACGCCGCGGCAAUCGCUUGCGGCCCAACACUCUGUGGGGGUUCUACCUGUACCCGGACUGCCACAACCACAACUACAUGGCCUCCCUGUGGGGCUACAAGGGCGAGUGCCCCUCCAUGGAUAUGGUCCGCAACGAGAGGCUGAGGUGGCUGUGGUCGGAGAGCACGGCGCUCUUCCCCUCCAUCUACAUGGGCAAAGCGCUGCGCUCCUCUUCCCCAGGACGGCAGUUUGUGCGGCACCGUGUGAGAGAAGGGAUACGUUUGUCUUCAUUCGGCGAGGAGUUUUCACGUCCCGUCUUUGUGUACACCCGGCCCAUCUACGACGACUCCCUGGAACACCUGACAGAGUUUGACCUGGUGUCCACCAUCGGGGAGAGUGUCGCUCUGGGAGCUGCAGGAAUCAUCAUGUGGGGAGAUGUAACACAUGCAAAAAACAAAACCACCUGCUCUGACCUGAACGCGUAUCUUCAGGGCACACUGAGCCAAUACCUCCUCAACGUCUCCACGGCAGCAGAGCUCUGCAGCCAGACCCUGUGCGGUUCCCACGGCCGCUGCCUUCGCAAACGUUGGGACAAGGAUGUUUACCUUCACCUCAACCGCCUCACACACCGCAUCGAGAGGCGAAAAGGCAAACUGACGGUGAUCGGCAAGCUAGGAGACUCAGACAAGGUGCUUCUUGACAAGGACUUUCAGUGCCAGUGGUACAAGUGCUUUAAGGAGGGCGGCUGUAGUUAUACACAGCCUCAGAAAGAACCGCCUAAAAAAGGGGCGGCGACUCGAACCAGAACAUCAGUGCUCCAGUCUAUCAUCUUCCUGAUGACCGUUGUGCUCCUGUGUUAAUGUCAAAUACAUCUUAGCA